UGGAUAUGGACCUUUUGGAUUGUUUGAGUAAGAGAAGUAAAAAUGAAAAUUUAUACAGACUAGCCUAUGUGGCCUAGACAAAGAACUACGUACAAAAUUUAUGUGCUUUCAUAAGUUCUUCUCUCUCUUUUUUAUUGGUUGAUUAUAUUCUAAGUUGGCAUAUUUAAAUGGAUUGUGUUCAUUUUCACAACUUAGAAUGAGAGAGAGGAAAGUAAUUAGGAGGACUGUGAUUCUUGAUUUGUUAUAAUAAAUUCUUUAAUCAUGCCUAUUGAACUGAAAUUUUCUUACAGAAAACGAGGUGAUGGCAUUAAUCGGUGGGUUUUUUGGACUCAGCAUAAUGGUGAUGAGUUGAACCAAGUUAAAUCCCUCUUUCCAGUUCUCAGAGGUUAUGAGUUCGAGCCGUGGAAACAACCUCCUGUAGAAAUGCAAGGAGAUUCUACUCAACCUGAUACAAAUGGUGACAGUCAAUUGAACAGAUUGACAAUCAAGAAUCUAGUCGAGCUUCUUGAUGUUCAAGGUACUUGUUUGAUUCAAUUUUGGGCACCUAUAAGGAUUAACAGUGGGAAGACUUUCUUAACAACAGCAGACCAGCCUUUUGCUUUUAAUGGCAAGAUUCACGAGGGUCUGUGGGCGUACAGGCGCGUAUCUCUUCUCACAAUAGCGUCCGUGGACUCCACAGAGAUCGAUGAAACUAAACGCGUCCAUGUUCAUGGCCGUCCAGCGCGCGUCUUCAGAAGUGGAAUGCCUGAAUUCAGCCCUCAUGUCAGAUACUAUUACAUGGAUGAAUACCCUUUGCGCAAUUUCGCAAUGUGUUUGGGAGUAGGUAGCUAUUGGACUUUGCCAGUGUUUGAGAGUUCAGGUGACCGUUGCAUUGGCGUACUGGAAUAUGCUUUCGAAGCAAAUGUAGGUCUUGAUCUUUACUCUACCUUAGACCGUCUCAUCAACAAUCACAGAAUACUUAAGACAAUGGGUCUAGCUCUCAUUCCUUCAUGGUUAGCAUGCUCGCAAGAGGUAAACUCUCCUCAUUAUGCAUUUCUCUAUAAGCAAGUGAAAAGUUGAACAUUUAUCUUGAACAAUACAUUAAAAAAAAAAGGCUGCUCAGUGUACUAAGCUCCCGCUAUGUGCGGGUUCCGGGGAAGGACGGACAACAAGGGUCUAUUGUACGCAGCCUUACCCUGCAUUUCUGCAAGAGGUUGUUUCUACGGCUCGAACCCAUGACCUCCUGGUCAUAUGGCGGCAACUUUUACCAGUUACGCCAAGGCUCCCCUUCUAUCUUGAACAAUACAUGAAGUCUCUCUCUUUCCCACCUCCACUCUAUUUAUGUAAUUUAAUUUGCUCAAAGCAGAUACAAGAAGUAUGGGAGCAAGAACUUGCUAAAGUAAAGGAGGCCUUGGAAGUAACAUGUAAGACUCACAGGUUACUCUUUGCUCAAACUUGGA